AAUAAUAGCAUCUCAGUUUACAAAAUUCAGAGAUCUAUUAUUAUUCUGUAUAUUCUAUCUCAUGACUUACUACUUCAAGAUCUAGAUCUGUAUACAUUUUCUCAGUUCAUCCUUCUCUUUAAUGGAAUUCGAUGAUUAUCUAUAUGAAUCAUGCAUUCCAGAAACCCAAUUUGUAGAUGGUGCCUACGUCUACAGCUCUGACGAAAAGGAAGAGGACGAGGUAAUCGUUCUCGAGAAUAACGAGAAUGUUGCUGAUGUUGCCCCGGUCAAAGCGAAAGAGGUUAUCGACCUUACCUCUGAAAGCGACUCUGUUAUUCAUCUGGAGAGCAAGGAGGUUGAGGUUUUUCAUGAGAGGGACGAACCGGUUGACGAUGAGCCGGCCCCCUAUGACCCUGACAACGAGUCAUAUGAGGGAUGGGUGAACCGGCUGGAUGCAGCCGGUUACUUUCCCCUCCCUUCCAGCUACCCGCUCGACAUCUACCCCCGGGUCUCUAAGAUUGCCCAAAACAAAGCCCGAAGGAAUCUCCCGGAGGGGUACGUUCUUGAGUACGAUCCCAGUUGGCCCAACAUUAUCGAGCCCCACCGGGAUGAUAGGGUAGGUUUCCAUAUCAUUUCUUUGGAAAGUGGCACCGUCUUCCCCCUGCGUCCCCUUUUGGUCGAGUUAUGCCACUGCUUCAAGAUUCUCCCCGGGCAACUCACGCCCAAUGCCCAUCGUUUUCUUAAUGCUUUUGUAAAUAUCUGCUCCCAUCUCAAAAUCAAUCCUUCUCUUCGCUUUUUCCUUUAUUUGUUUGAAGUCCUUCCCGGUAAGUCGGGUUGCGACGGCUACGUCUAUUUCAAGGGCCGUAACGGUCACCAAUUCAUUUCUGACCUUCCACAAAGCAACCGGCUGUGGAAGGAAAAAUUUGUCUUUAUAAAAUUCCCCGCCGUUUCUCCUUUGGCCGGCAUAAAGUGGAACGACCACCUCCUGAAACUGCAAUACACUGAGCCGGCUAAUGCUCCAGACUUGGAAGAAAGUUUGGAGAAACUCCUACAAGGGGACCCGUUCACCGGGCAAAUGUUCCACUACGGGGCUUGGAUUUGGAGGAUCUCACCGGGUGGCACUGGUACCCCUAGGGCUGAUGAAGCAGCGGGGCACGGGGUACCCUCCCCGGGCAACACUGUGGAAGCUGGGGGUUCCAGUCACCCAGAGAUGAACUUCAGAGCAUUCAACAUCCCCGCGAAGAAGACCGGUGGCUCCUCCUCUGCUGCCCCAAGAACUGUACCGGUGCAACAUGAACCGGUGGAGAUCAACUCUGAGGAGGAAACUCCUCCGACCGGGAGGACCGGUCAGGCCGGGAGGACCACGAUGGGUGAGGUUGGGCCUGAAACCUUGGGGAGGCUUGCCGAGGACUCCCCUUCCCGGUCGCUUCAACUGGAGGAAAAACUGAAGAGGCUUGAAGCCCAGAACCGGGAGCUUCAAGACCUGACAACCCGGCAACUUGACGAGAUGGCCAACCUCUCGGCGGUUGCCGGUAGGGCGAACGCGGAGGUCCUCCAGCUGAAGGAGGAGAACUCGCUGUUGAUGGGGGAGGUCUCCCACAUGAAGGAGGAGGCAUGGGUGAAGGAGCAAGAGCUGCCCGGUCGGGCCAGACAGUGGAUGGAGGAGAACCUAAUAGAGGCCGCCCGGGUGCUUACUUCCUCUGAGGAGAGAACAAUGGAGGGCUUCAAGCUUCUGUACCGGGAGGACCAUGGGAAGGAAAUGAUCACCCAAAUCGGCUCCUACGGUUUCAUGUCGGGCCAAAAAAGAGACCGGGAGGCUACCCACGCGAUCCUCGCCGACCGGGACCCGCAUUUUGACGCUGAUUCAUACGGCCUUGCCCCCAUCCCGGACGAAGAACCUGCACCUCCUUUUCCUCUUGAGUAAUCUUCCCGGCUGCGACCGAUUGAAUUAUUUUGUAAAACUUCAAACUCAUUUCCCCGGGAAUGCCCGGUGUAUGUGUAAACAUUUAACAUGCUUGUUUCGUUUGAAUGUCAUGUUUAAUUUCCUUACCGGUUAAUCUUCCAUAUCUGCUUGCUUGUUGAU